AUGGUAUACUUCCAAAUUCAUGAUCCUCUGAAGGAGUUCAUCAAAAUAUGUAUUUUUCUUAAAUGGAGUAAAUUGUUGCUCAGCAGCUUGCCCAGAUUGGCUUUGAUCCAUUCAAAGGAGAUCACUUCGAAGAUCUAUAUUAGCAGGGGGUCAUCCUUAGGGAAUAGUAGCCGUCAUUCAUUUUCAGUUUCCUUCGGUUUACCCACUGGAGUUAACGUUUCUGAUCCUGAACAUGAAAGCUCAACGCCCAAAGAAAAAGCACCAGAGGUUCCACUCAGCCGCCUUGCUUCCCUUAACAAGCCAGAGAUUCCAGUUCUUCUGCUUGGAUGUGUUGCUGCCAUAAUAAAUGGUGUUAUACUUCCAAUAUUUGGCCUGCUGGUUUCCAGUGUCAUCAAGACAUUUUAUGAACCAUUUGAUAAGAUGAAGAAGGACUCCCACUUUUGGGCACUGAUGUUUAUGACCCUUNGUAUUGUAUCGUUUCUCAUAAUUCCUGCCCGAGGAUACUUUUUCUCCGUGGCAGGAAGUAAGUUAAUCCAACGUAUCAGGCUAAUGUGUUUCGAGAAGGUUGUCAACAUGGAGGUUGGUUGGUUUGAUGAGCCUGAAAACUCAAGUGGUUCAGUAGGUGCAAGGCUUUCAGCAGAUGCUGCUUCAGUGCGUGCCCUUGUUGGUGAUGCCCUGGGACUAGUGGUUCAAAAUUUAGCCUCAGCAGUGGCCGGUUUGAUCAUUGCUUUUGUCGCAUCUUGGCAACUGGCACUAAUUAUUCUUGUCAUGAUUCCCUUGAUUGGAGUAAAUGGAUAUGUUCAAAUGAAAUUCAUGAAGGGAUUCAGUGCAGAUGCAAAGAUGAUGUACGAAGAAGCAAGCCAAGUUGCUAAUGAUGCAGUUGGACGCAUAAGAACGGCCGAGCUUUGUGGUCGAGGUUAUCCUCUACAGAUCGAGCUUUGCAGCCGAGGCAAUUCGACCAUCGCUCACUUGGCUCUUGCUAGUUUAUCCGCUUUUUGGGACAUCCUAUGGAAUCUUGGAACUCGACCAAUUUUGCAUUUUGGUGUAGCCUGCGAUAUCUACGUUGACCAGGCUCUCGCUCCUAUUUGGAUUGGAGGGAGCGUUCGUGAUUUUCCUCUGUCCUACGUCGGGUUAGCCUGCUUCGGUGUCUUCGAGCCCAGCCUCGAUCAUGUUCAAAGUGGCGAGAACAUCCUCGAGUGCCUUUUACUCUAUACUCGGUCGACCUGCUCUGAUCUCCUUGAGCUGGACAUUGAGGGGAGCGGUCCCAGCUCCCAAGUGAAUCUCGUCGAGUUAGUGGGCUAUCUCUCGUCCAAGAAUUCUAGUGGUGUCUUCUUGGGAAUCAAGGCGAGGUUGGAGAGAUGA